CGAACCUUACCCUCGCGCGGUGUCCAUCGUCCGCUCCGAGGCGCUCUCGAGCGUGUUCCCCCGUUCCAACCAUUGCCGCGAGCGCGCGAGCCGCAUCCUGCGCGUCGAGACACCUCGCGUCCGCGACAUCUCACCGUCGGACGCGCGCGGAAUCGUUCCGCGAAUCGUCGUCGCCGCGUCGUCGAGGGUUAGGAGGAAUCCGUCGACAUUCUCCUCAUCCUCUCGUCGUCGUCGAAUCGAAGCGAGAUAGGACGAUGAACGCCUCCGAGGUCGCCGCCGCGGCGGGCGCACAAAUCUCCGAGGAGUCGCAGCAGCACGUCUACGACCCCCCCGCGGCGCUCGCGAAGGACGCGCACGUCAAGUCCAUGGCGGAGUACGCGAAGAUGUACCGAGCGUCCAUCGACGACCCGGAGACCUUCUUCGGCGACAUGGCGCGCCAAUUCCACUGGGAGACGCCCUUCGUCUCCGUCGGGCCGAAGUAUAACUUCAACAUGAACGACGGGAAGAUCUUCAUCGACUGGUUCCAGGGCGGGAAGACGAACAUAUGCUACAACGCGCUGGACAAGCACGUCCUCGAGGGACACGGCGACGAGGUUGCCAUCCUGUGGGAGGGCAACGAGCCGUCCGAGGAUGCGAAAUACACCUACUCGGAAGUCCUCGCGAUGGUGAAAAAGUUCGCCAACGUGCUCAAGGCCAAGGGCGUGAAGAAGGGCGACACCGUGACGCUCUACAUGCCCAUGGUGAUGGAGCUCGCGGUCGCGUGCCUCGCGUGCGCGCGGCUCGGCGCGAUUCACUCCGUCGUCUUCGGCGGAUUCUCCCCCGAGGCGAUUCGCGGACGCAUGCACGACGCCAAGGCGCUCGACGCCGCGCUCGAGCUCGGCGCGGGCGACUUCAGCGUCUCCAGCGUGAUCGUCUUCAAGCGGCUCGACGGGUCGUGCCCGAUGGUGGACGGUAGAGACACGUGGUGGAACGACGAGAUGUCCAAGGCGGACUCCGAGUGCGACUGCGAGUGGGUCGACAGCGAGCACCCGCUGUUCAUGCUGUACACCUCCGGGAGCACGGGAAAGCCGAAGGGGAUCGUGCACUCCACCGCGGGGUACAUGAUCGGCUCGCACGCGACGUUCAAGUACACGUUCGACUACAAGCCGGGGGAGAUUUACUGGUGCACCGCGGACAUCGGUUGGAUCACCGGACACUCCUACAUCGUCUACGGGCCGCUGCUCGCGAGGGCGACGACGGUGAUGUUCGAGGGCGUGCCGACGUACCCGGACGCGGGAAGGUGCUGGGCGAUCGUGGAGAAGCACAAGGUGAACCAGUUUUACACCGCGCCCACCGCCGUGCGCGCACUGAUGAAGAGCGGAGACGCGUACGUCGAAAAGUACGACAAGUCGUCGCUUCGCAUUCUCGGCAGCGUCGGCGAGCCGAUCAACCCGGAGGCGUGGCGGUGGUACUACACCGUCGUCGGCGAGUCGCGGUGCCCGAUCGUGGACACGUACUGGCAGACGGAGACGGGCAGCUUCAUGAUCACGCCGUUGCCGGGGGCGACGCCGUUGAAGCCCGGAAGCGCGACGUUGCCCUUCUUCGGCGUCCAGCCCGUCGUUCUGGACGACAAAGGUAACGAGCUCGAGGGCGAAGCCAGCGGCUUCCUCGCCAUCAAGAAGCCGUGGCCGUCCGCGUCUCGAAGCUGCUACGGCGAUCACGACCGCUUCGAGUCCGUGUACUACUCCAUGUUCAAGGGCUACUACGUCUCCGGCGACGGCUGCCGCCGCGACGCCGACGGCUACUUUUGGAUCACCGGCCGCGUCGACGACGUCAUCAACGUCUCCGGGCAUCGCAUGGGCACCGCGGAGGUGGAGUCCGCGCUCGUGCUGCACCCGUCGUGCUCCGAGGCUGCGGUCGUCGGGAUGCCGCACGAGAUCAAGGGCGCGGGGAUCUACUGCUACGUCGUGUUGAAGGACGGCGCCGAGGCGGACGACGACCUCGUCAAGAGCCUGAAGGCGAUCGUGCGGAAGGAGAUCGGCCCGAUCGCCACCCCGGACGCGAUUCAGUUCACCGAGGGGCUUCCGAAGACUCGAAGCGGGAAGAUCAUGCGACGGAUCCUACGGAAGCUCGCGGAGAACCCGGGGAUCGAGCUGAGCGAGCUCGGGGACACGUCGACGCUCGCGGAUCCGGGGGUCGUGGCGUCGCUCAAGGAGGGCGCGAUGAAGGUCGCGGGGAAGUGAAGCGAGCGACGCGACCGACUGACCGACCGCUUUCCACGCGAAGCGAGCGUCGGUCGGACGAGAGAAGAGAGAGCGCGCGCGUCGAGAACGACGACGACGACGACGCGCGCCUGCGAACGAAACGUUAACGACGCCGACGGAGAAUAAUACCUACGACGGAGAA